UGUCAAAUCAAAUGUCAAUUACAAUUUUUGUAAUCUCACGCAAGAUUUAACUUUUGAAUUCAUUAAAAAGUUUAUUUUACACUUUUCUAAAUACGUUACACGAUUAAAUUUAAUAAUGGCAUCCGUACUUGUACCUGAAAUACCUGCUCCUGGUUUCUCAUUCGAAAAUUGUCAGCGCAACGCCUUCCUCGAUCAAAAAGGCUUCCCUGCGCCCAAAGCGACAAAGACCGGUACCACCAUUGUAGGUAUAAUUUACGCUGAUGGAGUGAUAUUGGGUGCAGAUACACGAGCCACUGAGAACACAGUGGUGUCUGACAAGAAUUGUCAGAAGAUACACUACUUAGCUGGGAAUAUGUACUGUUGCGGAGCAGGAACUGCUGCUGAUACUGAGAUGACUACUCAGACUGUGGCGUCUCAGUUGGAACUUCAACGUUUGCACACAGGUCGUACAGUGCCAGUUGAGACUGCUGCAACAUUACUGAAGCGCAUGUUGUUCCGGUACCAGGGACAUAUUGGUGCUGCACUUGUACUGGGAGGAGUUGACCGCACUGGACCACACAUCUACUGCAUUUACCCCCAUGGCUCAGUUGAUAAACUACCUUAUGCUACUAUGGGAUCUGGGUCUCUUGCUGCAAUGGCAGUGUUCGAAUCCCGUUGGAAACCUACUAUGAGUGAGGAGGAAGGCAAGAAACUUGUGCGUGACGCAAUCGCCGCUGGUAUCUUCAAUGAUCUUGGAUCUGGAUCCAAUGUGGAUCUGUGUGUGAUCCGUACCACUGGGCCGGCUCAGUAUCUUAGGACUUAUGAAGAGGCGAAUGUUAAGGGCAAGAAGCAAGGCUCAUACAGAUAUGCCCCGGGGACCACAGCAGUGUUGAGGCAGCGCGUGAUUCCCCUGGAGGUGGAGGCGGUGUCAGUGAGGCAGGUGCAGCCCAUGGAAGUGGAGCCUACCUCCAGCCGCUGAUGUGUUAUUCCAAUAUUAUGUAUUAAUAUGCAAUUCUAUUAAAUAAAUGAUCAUUUC